CCUGAUUCACUCGCCUGUGUUGGAUCGUCGUACGUUCAUUCUGCACUGCUUCCAGUUGGUGAACACGUCCUGCUAUGGCCAGUGCUGGAAGCCAUGUGUGGGUGGGCUUCAUAGAGGCCCUUCCAGUGGUGGGCUCUGUAAAAGAGGCAGUGGAGUGGGUCUUGGCUGUGGCUGCAGAUGACUCAGCUCUGGCCAAGGAAAAACUGGAUGUCAUCAAUGGAAGGCUUAGAAGAGUGUUGAAGCUGAAAGAGAACAGGUCUUCUGGGAGUUCAUCGGGAUAUUCCUCUCAGAGCACAUCUGGCAGCUCAACGCCAGUUGGGAAGAAAUCAUCUGGUCUGACUGCAAUGCAUGUGGAAAGUAUUCCUGAAAUGAACCUGAUGGACCACAUAAGAGAAGUAAUGGGCAAGCAUGACAAGAAGAAAGCGCAACAAUCAGCAAAACUAGAGGAAGCUCGCACAAAGGAAUUGAAAAGGGUUCAAGACGAGACAAAGGGAAAGAUCCGUCGAAUCAACCAAAAUUUUGAGUUCAGUGCUCCUCUUGGUGAUGAUGGUAAGAGGUCGAAUAAGGGUGAGCAUGUCAUCAAUAAUGGUGUCAUUACAUUUUACCAAAAAACUGUAGAUGACUUCAUGGACCAACAAACCAACCUUGGCAUAGAUGGUCCUCUUCGUAGUGACACAGAAAAUUCCAUUAUGAAUAAGUUAGUGGUACAUUUCGAUGCACAUGAACUGUAUAUCAAUGCUAAUGCACUGAUAUAUGGUGAAUACUGUCGGGUAUUGAAGAGAGCUCUUAGACAAUUCCUGACAGUGUAUAGGCAGGAAGGCGAGAGCCAGGAAGACAAGGAUGAUGCACAAAAUGAGGUGACUCGCAUUAUACAGAUCAUGAAUGAUAUAAAGGCUUAUGUAGAUCACUUUGCUAAGGUAAAAUGGAUAAAAAAUGAUUCAAAGAGACAAACAGAGUUUGAAAUGAUCCAAGAUGAGGUUGUGACCAUGUUCACCAACUGGACUCAAUAUUUUGACAUUGUAAGAGAGAAACUUGGGUUCCCUGUUUAAGGCAGCUCUGAGGUUACCGGCAUGUAAUGAGUAGGGAGGUGUUAACAUGAGUAGGGAGGUGUUAACAUGAGUAGGGAGGUGCUCAUAUUGUUCAUAUUACACAAAUAAUCACAAAUAAUACAUCAGAGUCAUUUAGCUCUGUUUCUUUCACAUAAGCAUCAAGCAUGAGGAAACUCAAUUGUGUCUAUGAUCAGUGGCAUCAUGUUUAGGCAUCACGUCAAAAGUGUCAUCCUUGAUUGUAAUCCAUUAAAAAAAUGUUUUGGGUGAAAUUCUACUCACAUUCCUUUAGCUGUCUGUCCAGUGUGUGAGGUCAAAGACCUCUGGUGUUCAUGCACAGUCCUGGCUCUGUAAAUGUAAAAAAUCAGGACCGAGAAACAUUUCAGCCAAUAAACCACCAGGGGCGCUAAUGCUCCAGUUUUGCUUCAGUACCACUGAAGAGUGGGCUGUAUCUGAUUGGUUCUUAAAGUUUGUCACGAUUGCUGAAACACAUUUCUUGAAACAGUCACCCAUUUUCUCAAAACUGUAAACACAAAACCUCAUCUUCAAGCACUAUUUACAAAACCUCUGAAUCCUCUUGCAAAAUGAAACUUUCGCCUCAAAACAGUUUUGCCUGUGCUCAAAAUCAAACUUUCGUCUCAAAACAGAUUUACCUGUGCUCAAAAUCAAACACUGCGCUCAAAUCAUAAACAAAGUGAUCAAAAUGAUAUACACUAUCAAGCAGUCAGUAAACAAUACACUAUACAAUAUACAAGUACUUUUUUUUAUAUAUUAGAGAGAAGAUUAUUAAUUAUUAUUAUGAUAUACUACGACCCUUCUCACGUUCCUCCUCUUAUAACAGAUGUGAUUUUAAUAAUUUCUGGGUCUGUGAGAGAGGGAUCUAACAGAUAUACUGUGGGUUUUCUGUGCGUAUAUGUUUUUUUCCUAUGCAUUACAUUUUCCAGCUACAUUAUUGUUAUGUUAAUAACCUGUCAUAGCUGCAUGAAUGAAAGGAUUAUGAUAAUGAGCUUUCCCUUCCUAUUGCUAACAUGAAGUACAUGAUGUAAGAAUGAGUUACAUAGGCUCAAACUAUUUGUAGCUUCUGCAAAUUUUGUUACAGUUUUUAUCGAUUGCUAACACACAUUUUUUGAAAGCCUACCCCGAUUUCUCAAAACUCUAAACACAAACCCCAAAACCACUCACACAAAAUUCAAAACACUUCAUAACUCCUGCAAAAUGCUACUUUGGUUUCAAAACAAUGUUAUGUCACCUCAAAAUGGUAUUUUGAUUUCAAACAACAAACACAGACUAUUAUUUGAGUAGACUUUUCAAGCAUCGAUUGAACACUGAUGUACUCAAGUGAAAACACUACGAUGAAUGGGAAAACACCAUGUAUGAAGGCCUUAUCAGGAGCAUUUUGCCUUUUCAUGUUCAGUGAUACCAUAGGCUUACUUAGGCUUAGUACAUAUUGUUAUACUGUAAAAUGUAACUGUAAAAUGUUUUUACUCCAAUAUGAAACAACACACAAAUAUACAGUAACAAAAAUAUUUAUUUGUUUCAAAAGUGAAAUAAAGAAUAGGCCAGUACAGUCAACAACAAAGAAGAAAAGUAAAAUAAAAAUAUAUAUACUGUAAAAUAUAUAUACUGUGCAUCCUGUCUUCGGAUCCUGUCUGGCCAGAGGACCUCAUCAACAUCACAGGCUAUGUUCUCUCUGGCCAGACAGCGGGGAAAGUAACGCCUGGUGUGGCGAAUCCAGCCCUGAAAGGCCUCAGGGGCUAUAUUGCCACAUGCCUCCUCCAUGGCCUGUAUCAGGGGCAUCUGCGCCUGCGGAUUGCGUUCGUAUACCUUCCAUCUCCAGGCAGAAAAAAACUCCUCUAUUGCGUUUAGAAAUGGAGAGUAUGGUGGGAGGGGAAGCACCAAAAACCGUGGGUGGUUGGUGAACCAAUUGUGGAUCAGAGCAGCCCGGUGGAAACUUACAUUGUCCCAGAUAACAACAUACCUGGGCUGCUCUGCAUGGACUAUUUGGUCGGGUGGAAUAAGUGUGUUGUGCAGUGUGUCCAGGAAUAUGAGGAGACGGGCAGUGUUGUAGGGGCCAAUGAUUGAGUGGUGAUGGAGGAUGCCGUUGUGGUUUAUGGCAGCACACAGAGUGAUAUUCCCUCCCCGCUGGCCAGGGACAUUGAUAAUGGCGCGUUGUCCAAUGAUGUUUCUGCCCCUGCGCCUUGUUUUGGAGAGGUUGAAACCAGCCUCAUCAAUAUAAAUAAAUGUAUUCGACUCCUCAGCUGCCUCUAGCUCAAGAACUCUCUGAGACAAACAUGACAAUAUUACAGUAGUUAUCAGAAAUAGGCCUACACAUUGUUGUAAAACACUUGAAAAUACUGUAACAUUGAAUUGGAUUACAAUAUAGUCCACUAAUGUGUCAGUGCUACAGUAAUAGGACGCAAUCAGCUGUAAGAAUAUAUAGAGUAAGACUUACUUGCACAUAGUCAUGGCGCAAAUCUUUGACUCUGUCAGAGUUUCUGUUGAACGGCACUCUGUAUAUCUGCUUCAUUCUUAGUGCGUUCCGCCUCAGAACACGGUCCACUGUAGCCUGGCCAACUGUGAGAAUGUUGGGGAAUGUGACUUGGUCAUUGAUUAUUGUAUUCCUUAUUUGUCUUAUGGUUAAUGUGUUAUUUGCCAUAACCAUGUUGACUAUUGCUGUUUCCUGUGCAUCUGAGAAGGUACGCUCCCUCCCACCACGCCGGGGUAAUCUUUCAGUUCUGCAAAAUGUACAAAUACAGAACAAAAAAUACUCUAAAUACAAAAAUACAACCGUUUUUUCUGUCAUAGUAGGCCUAGUAUUUCUUACCUAUUUUCUCUCCUGAACGUCCGUAUGAUGGAUGCAACGGAGUAGCGGCUAAUAUUUGGUUGCACCCUCUGGCCUGCCUCCUGCAUGGUCAAACCAUGGUUCACGACAUGGUCGACCACUGUGGCCCGAAUUUCAUCAGUGAUUACUGCUCUCCUUCCACCUCUUCCUCCUCCUCGUCCGCCUCCUCGUCCUCCUCUUACCCUUACUCCUCUGCCUCUCUGAAAUGCUUGUGCUUCCAUGUCGUUCAUUGCUCUCCAAACCAGGAGCUCACCUAUGUCCCUUAUAUUGCUAAAACCUUGAUUAUAAAUUGCACAACAGCCUUGGAAAUUGAAGUUUUAUUAAUUGAAUAACAAUGUGUUCUGUCUGAAAACAAGGAGCUUUUGGCAUGGAUGAAGUGUUAAAAAUAAAGAGGAUUGUGUGUAGUGUUUUGGAGACUGUGUGGUUUACCAAUUGAAAUCUGUGUUUAAAGCAGAUAAUUGUGUGUUGUGUUUUGAGGAAAGUGUGGCUCGCAAUUGAAAUUUGUGUCUAAAGCAGCAAAAUGUGUUUAUAGUUCAGCAGAAUUGGUUAAAAGAGUUGGCACAUGAGUUACAAGUUGUGGUGAUUGUGUCAUAUGUUCCUAUUUUUGUGUGUUAGCAAUCGAUAACUGUAUUACAGUUUUUCUCAGUCGCUUUGGUGCAUUUCUCACAUCACUAUUUACAUUUGAACAACAGUUAAUGCAGUUCUCAAAACAAUUAGUACAAACUGCAAAACCUAGUUGAUAACCUGCAAAAGCGUGUCACUUGCUCAAAAUGGAUAACUCAUUCCUCAAAAGCAAGUAUUCAUGUCAAUGAAAGUGUCAGUGUCAUCAAGAUGAAAAGUCCCGACACCAUUGUUUAUGAACAAGAUAGUCAAAUGGCUUUGUCAUGUUUUCAUUAUGACAGUUUACUCUGUAAAUGUUUUCCAAUGCAAAAAAGUCAGAUCUUGGUGACACUACCUGAAUAUGCUCAAGACAGCACUAUAUACUAUUUGCACAGCCAUUUGAAAAAUACAGUUAAGUUACACAUUACUGUAUAUAGGGAGGUAAAUGAGUACAAGACACUGAAUAUGUAUGUUUCACAUUUUUACUGCAUAUGCUCUUUGCAAUUCUAAUUUGUUCACAGCAUUGUGCAAACAAUACACCCUUAUUUAUAACAAAUAUAAACUCCCUUUGGCUACAGCUGUGCACAAUGGUAAACAAUAUUGCAGUACAACAUGCAACAACAACAUCAGGGAUCCGCCUAUGUACUUGGCCUCUUCUUCCUCUUCCCCUGUUUUGUCCCCUUCCUCCCCGCACCCUCUUCCUCAAGGCUGACCUUCCAUUUCCGUGUCACAGUAUUGUAGAAAUGGUACACACUAUGUCCUGCUUGGUUCAUAUGUGCUUGUAAAGUGGGGGUUUAUGGGACUCAGCUCUGACAGUGAUUGUAGAGAAGUGGCUUAUCAUUGGUUGCAACUGAUACUUCACACACCCCUUCUCAUCAGUGAAAGCUGAGAUUCACCUGAGAGAAAUGGUUCAAUUUAGGAGACAUUUUCAGGAAAAAAAAGAUUUUAAAAAACUUUGUAAAAUUUGCUUGACAGAUUUUGACAACUAGUUCAAAAUUUUUGUAUAUAAUGACUCAAACAAUGAAAUGAGGACUAUUAGUUUUAUAUGGAAUGACUAUUCAGCAUUCACAAGUAUAGUUAAUUUUGACUGACAUGACAUAAGCAAAUGAUAAUGUUAUAAAACAGCAGAGUUGUAUGAAAGCAAUUGAUGCAUGUCCAAACGCACUUGCAAUUUGUUGGAAGGAAUGAGAAACUGCUACUAUGAUAUGCACAAAUGACUAAAUGUUGUGGAGGUUGAACUAACUGUUGUGCAAAUGUAAAUAGUGAUGUGAGAAAUGCACCAAAGCGACUGAGAAAAACUGUAAUGUUUAGUUGUAUUUACCACUCAGCUUGGUUUUCCUACUUUCUUGAACAGAGAUCUUAUUGGGAUUUUUAUUUUUGUUUGAAUUGUUCAUCACUUGUAUUAUUGUUUUUAUUGAUUUUAUGUAAAGCACCUUGAGCUACAAUUCUUGUAUGAAAUGUGCUAUAUAAAUAAAGUCUUACUUACUUACUUACUUAGAAAAUACGUUAUUCCUGAAAUAAAACAGUCCUUUGGU